UCGUUACUUCCGCAAUACAGCGCUGUAUCUAGGUCGCAAGUUGUGUUUUGAAACUUGAUACCAGUUACCACGGCGAUCUAACGAUGCCACGCAAACGCAAAAGCUUGGCUCCUCUAGCUGGUCAACCCAAGGCAAAGAAACAGUCUAAAGGGAAACAUGUUAAGGCCAAACCAAGAGCGGAAGAAAAAAAAGCACCUGUAAAAGUGGCAGAAGCGAAAGCAAGCAUGUCAUCAUCAUUUGACCUGAAGUCCCUUCUAACGGAAAGCAGCUGGACAAAAGCCUUACAGGAAGUGUUCAAAGAGCAGUAUUUUGAAGACCUCCAGAAACAGCUUGAGCAAGAUUAUUCAGGAGCAAAGCAGAUCUUUCCUCCAAAAGAAAAGAUUUUUAAUGCUUUUAACCUGACCCCAAUUGACGAGGUGAGAGUUGUGAUCCUUGGACAAGACCCAUACCACGAUGACGGGCAGGUGAGAAACUCACCUAUAAACCUCAAGUGA